AAGCAGUAAAAUAUGAAAGGAAGGAAAAGUGGUGUUUUGGAGAAAGCUAAAUUAGGUGCUUUAGAAAGAAAAAAUGAGUCACCAAAAAUUUUGUGGCUAGUAAGGACAUUGUAUACAGUUUAUUUAAAUAUUAUAACAUAUAUAGAUCUAAGUUCUAGGAGCAGGGAAUGAAAUAUGGAUAUAAAGGAUUACUUUUCUCCUAUAGAAAACUUAUAGAGUUCAGCAACAAAAACAAAUGGUUGAAUUUGAGUGCAGUUUGGUAUAUGAGAGGAAGUUUAUUUUCUGAAUUAUAGACCUUUAAAAAUGUAUUCUCUUGUGAAACAUUUUAAUGAUGUAACUGUUGUAGUCCAUUUGUGCUACUGUAACGAAAUACCUGAGAAUUGGUAAUUUAUAAAAACAGAAAUUUAUUUCUCUGACUUCUGGAAGCUGAGAAUUCCAAGAUCCAGGUUCUGGCAGGUUUGUUAUCGGGUAAGGGUUCAGUCUCUGCUUCCAAGAUGAUGCCUUGAACAUUGCAUUCUCCAGAAAGGAAGCAUAAUAUGCCCUCACAUGACAGAAGGCAGAGGGGGAAAAAGAGACAAACUCCCUCUUUCGGUUCCUUCUCUAAGGUUACUUAUUCCCAGUCACCAGUGUGGAGCCCUAGUGACUAGAGGACCUAACUUCUAGUAACAUCACUUUGGUGAUUAGGUUUUAACUCAGCUUUUAGGGAGGAUACAACAUUCAAACCCUAGCAGCAACUCAUAGGUUUACAUUAUAAGUACAUAGACCCAAUUGAAAUUUGUUAACAAAAACCUAGAUUCGUAGUAGGCUAAAUGUAGUGUUUUCAUACUGCAGACUGUUGUCUCUUUUGAACAUGAUGUGGUAUUUCUAACUAGUAAGUUAAAAAUACUGAUCUUUAACUCUAAAAUAAAGAGAAUGAAAACUAGAUUACUGCAUUGUAUUAGUUUUCUGUCAUUAUAUGACAACUUCAAAACUUAGUGACUUGAAACAAUAACCAUUUAUCAUAUCAGUUUCUAUGGUCAGAAAUCAGGGAGUAGUUCAGGUGGGUGGUCUGGCUCAUGAUUUUUUCAUGAGUUUAUAGCCAAAAUGAUAGCCAGGGCUGCAGUCAUCCGAAGCCUUGACUAGGGCUAAAGCAUACAUUUUUGAAAUGAUUAACUCAUGGAAUGCUGAUUGUUGGCAAGAGCCGUCACGUCCUCCCCAUAUGGGUCUGUCCAUGGGCCUACCUUAAGCGUAUUCAUAGCAUGGUAGCUAGCCUCCCUCAGAAUGUGCGAUCCGAGAGAGAGUGAGGACACUGCCUUAGGAAAACCACGAGAGGUGUUUCGACUUCCUACAGAUUUGACAGCAUGUGACAACCGUCUUUGUGCGUCUAUCCAUUUCACAUCUUCUACCUGGGUUACCUUGUCAGAUGGAACUGGAAGAUUGUAUGUCAUUGGAACAGGUGAACGUGGAAAUAGCGCUUCUGAAAAAUGGGAGAUUAUGUUUAAUGAAGAACUUGGGGAUCCUUUUAUCAUAAUUCACAGUAUCUCAUUGCUAAAUGCUGAAGAACAUUCUAUAGCUACCCUACUUCUUCGAGUAGAGAAAGAAGAAUUGGAUAUGAAAGGAAGUGGUUUCUAUGUUUCUCUGGAGUGGGUCACUAUCAGUAAGAAAAAUAAAGAUAAGAAAAAAUAUGAAAUUAUUAAGCGUGAUAUUCUCUGUGGAAAGUCAGUGCCACAUUAUGCUGCUAUUGAGCCCGAUGGAAAUGGUCUAAUGAUUGUAUCUUACAAGUCUUUCACAUUUGUUCAGGCUGGUCAAGAUCUUGAAGAAAAUAUGGAUGAAGACAUGUCAGAGAAAAUCAAAGAACCUCUGUAUUACUGGCAACAGACUGAAGAUGAUUUGACAGUAACGAUAAGGCUUCCAGAAGACAGUACUAAGGAGGACAUUCAAGUACAGUUUUUGCCUGAUCACAUCAACAUUGUACUGAAGGAUCACCAGUUUUUAGAAGGAAAACUCUAUUCAUCCAUUGAUCAUGAAAGCAGUACAUGGAUAAUUAAAGAGAGUAAUAGCUUGGAGAUUUCCUUGAUUAAGAAGAAUGAAGGACUGACCUGGCCAGAGCUAGUAGUUGGAGAUAAACAAGGGGAACUUAUAAGAGAUUCAGCCCAGUGUGCUGCAAUUGCUGAACGUUUGAUGCAUUUGACCUCUGAAGAACUGAAUCCAAAUCCAGAUAAAGAAAAACCACCUUGCAAUGCUCAAGAGUUAGAAGAAUGUGAUAUUUUCUUUGAAGAGAGCUCCAGUUUGUGCAGAUUUGAUGGCAGUACAUUAAAAACUACUCAUGUGGUGAAUCUUGGAAGCAACCAGUACCUUUUCUCUGUCAUAGUGGAUCCUAAAGAAAUGCCCUGCUUCUGUUUACGCCAUGAUGUUGAUGCCCUACUCUGGCAACCACACUCCAGCAAACAAGAUGAUAUGUGGGAGCACAUCGCAACUUUCAAUGCUUUAGGCUAUGUCCAAGCAUCAAAGAGAGACAAAAAAUUUUUUGCCUGUGCUCCAAAUUACUCCUAUGCAGCCCUUUGUGAGUGCCUUCGUCGAGUAUUCAUCUAUCGUCAGCCUGCUCCCAUGUCCACUGUACUUUACAACAGAAAGGAAGGCAGGCAAGUAGGACAGGUUGCUAAGCAGCAAGUAGCAAGCCUGGAAACCAAUGAUCCUAUUUUAGGAUUUCAAGCAACAAAUGAGAGAUUAUUUGUUCUUACUACCAGAAACCUCUUUUUAAUAAAAGUCAAUACAGAGAAUUAAUUAUUCUAACAUAUUGGCUUCUUUGUACUGGAAAAGUUUUCAGUGGUACCUGGAGGUCUGGACAAUAUACUAUAACCUCUUAAGUUUUAAUGUGCUAAAUAUAUCUUGUAUGAUUUUUUAUUUUUUAAAUAACAUUGGAAAUAUAUUCAAGAGAUUGUGAUUCUCUAGAGCUAUAGAAUGAAACUGCAGAUUUAGAGAACAUUGGUUUCUGUAAAAAAAAGAAAAUAAAGAUAGUACUAGCAAGUAUACUUUUUAAAAUAGGCUAGAAUCUCAUGUUUUAUAUGAAAGAUGUACAAUUCAGUGUUUAAAAAUAAAAAUAUUUAUUGUGUACUCUGUUCAUUGAUAAGUUGCUAUAGUCUGUACCUAUAAAAUGUACAGGAUAAUAGUUAAAUGUUGAGUAUUGUACAUAUGUAUUUAAAUGGAUUGAAUAGCUGAGUCUACAUGGAGGGAGAAAUGUUAGAGGACAGCAGGCCUAAUAUUUUUUAAGUUUACUGAGAGACUUCAAUUAUUAUUUUCAAAUUAAGUACAGCUUUAUGUAACUUUCAGCCAAUUGCUCUGCCACAGACAUAGACAGAGAGAGAUAAGAUUUCACAUUAUCCAUCACUGCGAAACAAACCACACCAAAACUCAGUGGUUUAAAACAAGGACAUUUAUUAUUUUUCACAAUUCAGUGAGUUGGCUGUCUCUGCUCUACGGGGCCUCUCAGCCUCCAGAAGGCUAGAUGGGUGUUCUUUCCAUAGUAGAGAAAACAUCCUAAGAGAGCAAGCUCCAAUAUGCAAGAGCUUAUCGAUCCUGUACAUCUAUCAUAUUUACUAAUGUUCCGUUGGACAAAGCAAAUCACAUGGCCAAGUCUAGAAUCAGUAUGAGGGGACUACACAAGCUGGCAGAUAGCGGGUGGUAUGAUUCAUUGAGGGCCACUGAUGGAACAAUCUACCACACAAGGACAAAUUAUAAUUUAUCCUUGUAGCUCUCUUUAUUUUUCUAACAAUUUAAACAAAAUAAUCCUGUUUAUAUGUUAUACUUUUUUGCCACAAAUUUUGUUUUUUCAAACUUAUCUUUCCAGGUUUGUUUUAGUAUGUAUGUACCGGGAAAGUUUUAUUAUUUUUUAUAACAUUUCAAGAUAUGUAUCUUAUAUAAACCUCAAGUUGGAUUUUAUAUUUUAAUAAGGAAGUUAAGACCUUAAUUUAAGAGGCGGAAGAUUAAGAUAAGAAAUAUAAGAUAGAAAAUAUUUUUGCUAACAUAUCUUUUGCCUGUCUGGGCAAGUAUUUGACUCAACUAAAUUUUAAUGAAUGAAUGUUUGAGAGACGGAGAGGAGGAAAAGAGAUGAGGAUUACAUACAUGUUCUAAACCCUUUGUCAGAAUGCAGUUUCCUAGAGAGUAUUGGGGUGCUAGGUAAAAAGUUAAGAAAGGUCCUGAGGACUGGUAUUGACAAUUGGAGUCCUAAUAGUACUCUAUUAGUAUUAGGAAAGAGAGACUAGGUACCAAACGUCAUGAGAUCAUAGACAUAGAAAACUGUAUAGUAACCAAAAACCAAACAGUAAUAUUUCCAGAACUUUUUAGUAUUGUUGUAAAACUUCAUGAAACAAAAGACAUUUAAACAGUGAAUUAUUAAAAAUCUUUAUUUUGGGAAAGUAGAUCUACAUUUUCGCUAAAAUUUUCCCCAAAGAUAAUAAAUAUCUUCUUAGGGAAUGUAAGAAAAAUGUAUAAUAAAAAUGUGGUGCUUAAUUAACCAUGACUAUGUAUAUAUUGCAAAUAUUAGUAAUCAGUAUUCUUUGUGCAUGUGAUUUUUUUGCAUGAUUAAUGUUGAAUUGAAAGCUCUCAGGAUAAUUAAUCCUAAAUGUUGUUGCAUGUUGACGUAUUUUAAAAGAUGAAUAGGCCUAGAGCAGUGAUUUCAAGCUAUUUUCUUGAAAUGUUUCAGGGAUUCCAUAAACAUUUAACUCAGCUUAAACAAUGUUCUAAGAUACAUAUACUUAGAACAUUGAGGUAUAUACUACAAGUGCUAAGAAUGUAGUACCUUAUAUUUUUGUUGAUUUUUAUCAUGUUAUAAAUAGGAAUUUAUAAAAUGUGUAUGAUAGUAAUAAAGUAGUAUUUUGUUUUGCA